CAUAAGGGAGAUAACAAUCCUCCCAUCUGUGAGUGUAAUACCAUUCCUGAGAAGACGAUGUUGAGGUAACUGCUCUGUUUCUAAGGACAUUUGACCGCUCCAAGGCACGAUCGGGACCGGUAAACAGAAGCAGCAGUAGGAUGAUAUCGUGACACUUCUGUGCCGUGUGUGUUGUGGUGACUCUGUGCUGGGACCAUGGGGGAUCUGGUGGCAUUUGAGGCUGAACUGAACAACAUUGUCAAAGAGUAUCUGGACUUCUGCAGUUAUGAAGACACGUCCGCCACCUUUGAGGAUGAAUGCUCCAGGAAGGGCAAACCUUCACCCAUCUCAGGAGGGCGGGUCAAGAACGAUGAGAAGAAACUGGGCUUACAGCGUGAGUUCCUGACCCUGUUUGACCACGGAGAGAGGAGGGAUUUCUUCGUCCUGUGGGACCAGCACAUCCCGUCUUACGUCAGGAAGGACGACUCCGUUAGUCAGAAGCUGGAGUUUUACCUUCACAUCUACUUUGCCAUCUACCCAAUCAAGUAUGGACAGAGCAAAAAUAGCAAAGCCAAGAUGGACGAAGCCAUGUCAGCAUUUAAAGACUACCUCGAGACGGGCGGGGCUACCCUCAGCCAGACCACGGAGUUCCUCCCGUUCUACGCGCUACCCUUUGUCCCCAACCCACGCGCUCAUCCCUCCUUCAAGGAGCUCUUCUCUGAAUCUUGGGUUCCCGACUUGAAGAUGAGACUGGAGAAGUUCCUGACCUUGACCCUGAAGUCAGCGUCCCAGCCGAGACUGUUUGACAUGUACAGGGACGGAGGCUCUGUCAGCAAAGAGAUGUUAGGACAGAUGCAGCACAUGCAGCAGCAGGUGGUGGAUGCUGAGAAGAGAACCAUGACUUACAUGAAGAGAUAUAACAAGAUGCAGGGCGACUAUCACAACCUGAUAGGAAUCACAGCAGAACUUGUUGACUCUCUGGAAAACUGUGUGCACGGUGACAUGGUGACACCUGAGUACCUACAGGGUGUGUGUAACCGACUCUUCAGUAACCAGAUGCGACAGACCAUGGAUUUCACCAGGCCCGGCACACCUGAUUAUUACCAGGCUGGAGCAGCUCUAAGGGAAUCCAUAGCUCCACAAAAUCAGAAGAAGGUUGCAGACGAACCGGGCUUGCUGCCAUCGCUGGACUACGACAGCGUGAAGCGAGACAUGACGCACGGGCCCGAGCGAAUCAGGGCCCUGCUGCUGCAGGCUCUCAGAUGGAGACUGACGCGGUCGGUCGCGGGGGAGCAGCGAAACACGGUCCUGGCAGCGUACAUCAACAACGAUCUCCUGGGGUGCACGGUGGAAGGGCCGCACAGGCAAGCAGUGCUAGACAUGCUGAGUUCCCCAAGCGAGGUGGUUCGGCAGUACACGGCACGCCUGUUCAACACGUUCGCGUCCCUGGCAGAGGGUCGGACGUACCUGGCACAGUGCACGGAAGUGUUGCAGGUGUUAGAGGAUACGCUGAAGGCCGAGGAUAAGGACUCAAUCACGCGGGAAAAUGUGCUGGGAGCCCUGCAGAAACUCAGCCUAAGACGACACCUACAGAGUCUAAUGAUUGACAACGGCAUCAUCAGCUGGCUGGUGGACAUUUUGGAGGAUAGCGAUGCGCUAUCAGAUUACACACUGGAAUAUUCCGUAGCCUUGCUGAUGAACUUGUGCCUCAGGACAGCAGGUAAACACAAGUGUGCGACGGAGGCCCACAAGGUGCUGAAGGUGCUGACAGACUUACUGGGAAUCGACAACCAGGAGAUCAGGCCCUAUGUGAAUGGUGCCCUGUACAGUAUCCUGGCUAUUCCCACUAUCAAGGAGGAGGCUAAAGCAAUGGGUCUUGAAGACAUCCUGAAGAUGUACAUUAAAGAGGGAAACAACGACAUGAACCGACAGUUCGAGUUCAUCAUCAAACAGCUGAACUCUAACGAGCCUCCAAGUGAUGCUGACUCUGACGAUGAGGAGGAGGAAGAUGAUGAUGAUGAUGAGGACCAGGAUGCGAUGGAGGCAGACCUGGAUAAGGCGGAGGUGCUGAAGGCAGCCCCAGGGGAGCUGGUGGGGGAGAAGCUGCUCAGUUCCGAGUAUCUGGGGAUCAUGACCCAUUCCUUGAGCCCAAGGAGGAAGGGGUGGACAGACCAUGUUUCUGCUUUGAACGAGCCGUUGACUCGACCGAUCACGCCUACGUCACGGAAGGCUGGGCUAGUCCAAUCAAAUCAAGGGUCUGCAGGCUACCAGUCCCCAACUAAGGGACAGUACAAUAACGGCGCUGUAGGGGGUUACUCUCGACCGGCGACGUCAAACUCUCGACCGCCAACCCAGGCUGGCAGCCGUAGCCGCCCUAACACCGGUCCCAGCCGGCCCCCCACGGGUAACAGGAACGCAGGAGGUGGCGAGACAUCUGACUUCUUGGCAACACAUACUGGGUCCGCUCGUGCCCGAGCACCAAUUGUGGAUGACCAAUUUGUUAGACCAUCUUCGAAAAGUAGCAACAUACAUGACUACUCCCAGGCGUUCGGUAGUCGUCCAAAGAUCCCGCGAACACCCGAGGUGGGAGGGGGGCGGCUGAGCACGCCACCACCCGGGCCGCAGAGGUCAUCAUCUCCGCCUUUAUCCAGGCCGACUUCAGGCAGACAAAGUGGAGCUUCUCGCAAGAGCACAUCGGCCGACGUGGUCUCCCACCAGCAGAGGACAGCAUCCCGCAACAAGAAAUCAGCUUAGACUCUAUCCUCCCUACACCUAGGCUCCACCCUCCCUACACCUAGCUGCAGUAAGGCUUCCCUACCCCACACAUAGUUUAAGUGAGGCUCCACCUACCCUACACCUAGCUACAGUGUAAGAGCCCACCCUCUCUACACAUAGCUGCAGCAAGGUUCCACAUAGCUACAGUAAGGCUCCACCCUCCCCACACAUAACUGCAAUGUACUUGUAAGGUACACAUCUCCAUAUACAGGAUCAAAUUGACUACUGGUAUAUAUCACAGUGUUUGUGUAUGGAACAUCUGCUUAUGAACUGAUGCAGCUAUAUGAACAACUUCUCUUCUAAUACAGGCAACAAGAGGUUGAUAUUCUACAAAACCUCAAGAUUUUGAUUUUCUGGAAAAAAAGCAUUUAUCUACAGAUCUAAACUGAUGCUAACAUGUUGCUGUCAAGAAGUAGUUUGAAUGUUAGAAUAGUUGAAGGCUGUACACAGUGUAUUUUAGUACAUGCAGCUGUGCUUUGAAACGUUAACUGAGUUUAAAUGUGAACUCUGUUGACCUAGUAUUUUAUAACCUUCAACAAUAGAUAAAUGGAUGACUGUCUAGAAUUGGGAAGAGAGAGUAUAGCCUGAUUUAGCUGUGCUUAGAGUGGCCUGCCCAACAUCUUGCUACAGCCCUGAACAACAGUUUACAUUACACAGACUGGGAAGAAUAAAUGUGAGGAAAUCAGCUUUCUCUAGAAUAAUGUUGUCAAACUGAUGUUUUGUACAUUGUAUACACUUGAAAUGUAAUUCAGGUACGUAAUAUAAAUUUGGAAGGUCGCAUGUAACUGUCAGUAUCUUCUCAAAACAUCUACCCAGAAACUGUUUAAACUGUGCAGAGAUUAUGUUGAGAUAUUUAUUAAUGUGUGACUGUUGUAAGAGUUAGUGUGAUCCCUGGAAUUGUUGAACUUAAAGGCUGAUACAUAUUGUACCAGUCGUCAUUCCAAGUAGCCAACUAUCCAGGCCAGACUGUUAUAAGUUGCGUUGCUUCAAAGUAAUGAGAAAACAGGUUUGUAUUAUAAGUUAAGACCAUAUUAGCUCAAAUGUGCAUACAAGCCAUACUGCAGUUUCUACUACGUUGUACUGGCAGGCAUCACAGUUUUAGAUUAGGCCAUACCAAUUUAAUUUAUUGCUUCUCAGAUUUCCCGACCCAUUUUUUUCUGAUUUGGAAAAAAAAGAUUAAGUCCCAAGAAAAAUGAUAUAGGUUUACAUUAUGGUAAUAGUAGUAAUUACAGAUAAGUAAAUGCAACACACAUAAUUUCAGUAUAAAAACAAUUCCCUUUAUUCAGAACAGUGGUAUCAAAUCAAAGGAAGACAUUCAUUGGAUAAAUCAUGCCAUGAAAAGCUGACAACUUGACUACUACCGGUGACUUUUGUGUUAUAUAAGCCUCAUAUGCUAACCCCAGACUUUUUGUAAAAUUUUUAUUUUAUUUUUUUUCGACCGCCCGCUCCAAUAUUUUUCUAAAUAAAUCCGGAGAAUCCGAGAAGCAACAAAUUAAAUUGGUGUGGCCUUAGCACUCCAAACUAGCAUCAUGAUAAUUGUGAAUUUUUACACUAUUGUUUCUUACCAGAAAGCAUUACAUACUGUACAACUAGUGGAGAUCUUAUAUGGUAGUAUGAUCUGGUCACUUGACAUGUAACUACAAUAAACCUUUGGAUGUCAAGGUUUUUCAAAGUUUCAUCAGAAAUCUUGAGUUUCGAUUUGACCAUGUACUCAAGUUUUAACAAGCUGCACUAUGUGUUAAGUUGGCUUUAAUCAACUCUUUAGUCAUUCCAGUUUUGAGGUCUGAAUUUGUAAGAAAACAAUUGAAAUUGUGUCUUCAUACAUAUACUUCGUACUUUAAUCAUUCCAAAUUUUGAAAGCUGAAUUGCAUUCUGCAAUAAUUUGUUUCUACAUCGGCAUCUGUACAAAAUGUGAACCAAUCCCAGGAUGAUGUUUUGCUGCAUUUUUCAGGUUUAUGGAAAAAAAUGUCUUUAUUAUAUUUUCUUGCAGUAUUGUGUGUUAAGUGUAUAUACCAGUAGUUCCAUAAUGUAUGUUAAAUUCAUGUGUACUACUAGGUUUAUACAGUCUUAGUGUACAGCUAGUGUGACUGCAUGAUUGAGUAGUCUUCUCAAUAUAAAGAAACUUCUCAUAUUUCUUUGCAGUAAAGUGAUCUCUGUGUAGUGUCAGUCUCUUUGAUGUUCAAAUUUGUUGAUCACAAAGUAACUUAUUUAUGAAGUUGUUUGAUCUCAAUACUUAGACGGAUGAAAUAAAAUCCAUGGAAGCAUGA